AUGCAGGCCGACGUUCGCGACGCUGCUCGCCAAGACGACGUUUUCGAGGAGAUUGCCUCGGAGCACGGCAGAAUGGAUGGCCUUGUCGCCGCAGCCGCUGUCCAGAAUGUCACUCGCGUCCUCGACUACGAUGUCGAGAAGAUUUCCGAGAUGAUGGACAUCAAUUUCAAAGGUGUCUACCUCUCAGCGCGCAGCUGUGCUCGGCAGAUGAAGAAGUACGAGACACCCGGAAGCAUGGUCCUGAUCGGCUCGAUGAGCGGACUGAUCGCCAACAAGGACCUUUUCUGCGCCGUCUACAACUCCUCAAAGGGAGCUGUCAUUCAGCUCGGCCGCAGCCUCGCAAUGGAGUGGGGCAAGGAAAUCGAUGGCAAGCCCAUCCGCGUCAACGUGCUCUGCCCGGGCAACAUUGUCACUCCGAUGGUACGGGCCAACUUCAACGACGACCCGACCCUGCGCGCCAAGUGGGAGGAGGGUAACAUGCUCGGUCGCAUUAGCGCUCCGGAGGAGUUCCGCGGCGCGAUUCUUUUCAUGUUGAGUGAUGCCUCGUCAUUCAUGACCGGGGAGCACAUGGUCAUUGAUGGCGGCUACACUGCUUGGUAG